AAACGGGGUAACCACAGCAGCAGCAGCAGUCACAGGCUUUUCAGUAACAUUUUUACAUCGGCAUCGCCUCGCACCGGCUAGCUCUCUCUCUCUGUGUCAAUUUGCUACCCUACACUCUAAACAUCCGUAUCAGGCUCUGAAAAAUUAAAUAGCCUUCGUGGAGCCAUCCUUAAAUCCUUCCGGAGCACGAGGCGGAUCUUAGAUGGUAUCGCCGCGCAAGCCGGCAACAUCCUUUAGCUCGGCAAUACCUCGCUUGAGUCAAAAAAAUCAGAUGGCAGCUUCGGCCAAAAGCUGUGAGAGCCUGUUCUCGGCCAGCUCCCGGGAAUCGGCCAGUUUGAUCUAUCAGCGGAAGCAACCACCCCAGCAGCAUCGUGGUAGCAUGAAGGCUUCCAGCAACGGUAGUCUCCGGCAGCCAGCGAUGGUGGCCUCGGCACAGAAUCACAGUGAGAUCCAUCAGCGUGUCAUGUCCGCGAGGAAUCUGCGCGCCAAGACUUUCCAGAACCAACUGGCCGAUGCCCAGGCGGAGAUAGCCAAUCUGGCGCAUGAGAACCGGAUGCUUCGUACGCUCCACAACCGCCAGUCGUCGGCGCUGAACAAAUAUGAGUCCAACAACGCUGAGCUGCCACAGUUGCUGCACUCGCACGCCGAGGAGCUGCGCGUCUGGCAGACCAAGCACCGCAAUCUCCAGGCGAUUAACAAGGAUCUGGAGCAGAAACUAAAGCAAAAGGAAGCUAUUAUUUUGUCGCUGAGCGAUCAGAACAAGCACUACAGUCAGCUCAACAAGGAUAAAAACCUUGACGAGCGCCAGAAGCUGCAGGAGAAGCUACGAUCCCUGGAGCAGCGCCUCGAGGACAAGGACAAUGACAUGAAGCUGAUGGCCCGCAAGAUCCAGCUGGAGUCCAAGAACUUCCGCCAGCAGCUCCUUAACGAGCAGAAGAAGUGCAAAGAGGUGAUGCUGAAGCUGGAGAAGUCCAAGCUCGAGAUUAGCGGCUAUCGCAAGCUGGAGGAAUACACUCUCGGCACUGACAAGGUGAAUCCCUUGUCCUCAGGCCGCCGCACCAAGUUAAGCGGCGUAGGCGAGGAGCCGGACAAGAUUGACAAGUUGGAGAAAUCCUUGGAGAUGCUGGACAAGGCGAUCGAGAAGAACAGCCAGAUGGAGUUCAACGCCUUGACGGAUGUCCUGGAGUCGGACACGUACUUCGACUUUGAGAAGGACGAGGCGGAGGACAAGAGUGCGCCGUGCACCCCGCCGACUCCCCAGCCGGAGCGACAGACAGCUGGUGGACGUGGCGGAAAGCUCACCUUGCCGCCGGCCAACAACAAGGCCAAGAUGGUCGCGAACCAGAGUCGCUCCACCCUAAGCCAAGUGCUCUCGGCGCAGGCAAAAUCGCCACUGACCGCCACUGGAAAGAGUGGCAAUGCAAGACACCGCGUGGUUGCUGUCAAGACGGACAGCAUUCCGUCCAGCAAGCGUCGAGAUUCGGGUGGCCUGAUCAAGAUACCUUCCGCCGAGGGCAAGCCCAAGCAGGCGUCGCUUAAGUCCUUGGAGUACGACUACGAGGAUGACUACGAGCCUGCCGGCGAUGAGGAGGACAAUGCCGAUGCCUACGGGCUGAUGUCCAAGAUGUGCGAACAGGGAUCAGAGGAUCCCGAGGAGCACAGUGAUGCCAACGAUGCCAGCCUGCUGAAAUAUGCCUCCUAUCUGGAUGCCAAGAGCAGCGAGGGGGAUCUGCUGGAAGAGUCGCAGGAAGAGGACGAGGAGACGGACGGCCAGAACACGAUGCGCAGCGAUGAAGAGUCCCAGGAUAACGGCAUUCGGGCUCCACGCCUCAAGGAUAACAUGUCCAGCCUGCGCAAGCAGAUCUCCGAUGACUACAAGGAACGCGAGAGCUUCCUGAAGACGUUCUGCCGCCAGGCAAGCAACAGCAAUAUGCGCGAUGAUCCGGCGUCCAAGAAGCGGAACAGCAUUGCCACCGGAGCGGCGGCCAGCAGCCACAUGACCGGCAGCCGCAAGCAUGCUCUCUUGGCCGCUUUGAAGACGAUCGACGACAACAAGAGCCAGGACUAGGGCGCCACACUAUGUUAGUUCCCACAACAAAGUUAGUCCCUAAGCGGUGUUGCGUUAUCUAUAUAUUUUCCAAAAACUGAGACCGGCUUUUUCCCUCCUGGAGCAGCUGCAGCAGACGGUGGCGGAAGGCUAUGCCACCGAUUUCUGUAACUGCUCCAGUGUCGGAAGAGCGGGCGUUGAGUAAAUUCUAAUUGAAAUGUA